AUACCUCUAUAUACAUAUAAUACAUCAUGUCUUCUGAAAAAGUAUGGGGUGAUUACCCAGUAUAUUUCAAAGAGCCACUCAGAUGGUUGCGUUACCAUGCUCACACCAAGCCUCACUUCGUAGCUUCUAUUGGUUUGGGAUUAUCUGCCCCAUUACUUGUCAUCUUUGCCGCUCCAUUGAGAAGAAAGUACCUCUAUGCCGACCAUGAACCUAUUCCAUCUGUUUACCCAUUGCCAACCAGAGCUAGAGACUCUAGUUUGACCGGUUACGACGACGAAUAAACAAAGUAUGUACUGUGUCUACAUCAUGUACUAUAGCUAAGGGUUAAAGUCUCUGCAAAUUUUUUUAGUCAUGGCAAGGUCGUUUAACUUGCCGAAUAUCAUACAUAAAGAAAAUAUACAUUAAAGAUAGAAA